AUGCCUACCGAAAACACCGUUCAAGCGGACGUUGGUCCGGGAGACGAGACCGGCAUCUACUACAUUACUAUCUGCAAUUUACCAUUUGGGACCUCCUGGCAACAAUUGAAAGAUUGGACACGUACUGCGUGCGUGGUGGACCACAUCGAAGUCUUCCAGAGCAGUACUUCGGGAUGGGUCCGAGUUAGAGGCAGGGAGAACUUUGAGAGAGCUUGGGGUCUCCUCAAUGGCGGAGUCUUUAAUGGACGUUCGAUUAUUGCGUCUGACAAGAACCGUUUCCAGUCCAUCAAGAUUAGGGAACUUGCCAUACCACCACAAGGGAUUCAAUCACAGACACCGCAUUAUCUGCAGACUCCCCCAAGUCAAUAUACGUCGCCGAUACCAGUGGUUGCACCCUCACAGUAUUCUACAUCAUCUGGACAAUAUUACAGCAUUAACUACCCGCAAGCCAAUGGUCCCGGAUUCAAUGCACAGUCUGUUCCUAUCCAAGAUUACACUCAGCCCCUACCGAUCACAAUCGUAACGACGGUGCCAGCAACAUAUGGGCCCACAGCCCCAAGAAGACACUACACCUAUGAUGAGGGAACCACUCUGGCGUUUCCUGUGAAAGCUAAUGCAAUUACUUAUUCGCCUCAAUACCAACAUCAGGAGGCCCAGUUCGCUCUGCCCUAUUGUGGCCGUGAUAGGUACCCAGCAUACUACGCCGACUGCAGCCUUGCCAGCAACGAACUGUCCUAUAGGUCGGAAUACGUCGUAACGGAGCCGCGUAAGUUACAUGUGUCUCCGUUCCCGCAACAAGCGCGUGCCGAUGAAGUCAAGUCUUGGGUUCGACGUAAAGUGGACAAGAACAAGAUCGAAUCGAUGGAGAUCCCAAAGAACAGCAACAGCAGGUAUCUCAGGGGUUACGUCCUGGUCGUUUUUGACAGCGUCGCGUCGGCGAAUACGGCGAUAGAUCAACUCAACAAAGCACGCUUCCAAGGUCGGAGAGUGAUAGCGCGACCCACUAGUGAGGGCGCGGUGGUGGAAGAGCCAAGUGGUUCGUGUCAAGCGUCUAGUCAGGUCAACCUCAAGUCAGACGAGGGGCAUAUACCCACAGGUCCUUCUCGCAAUAGGAGUCACGAUGACCGUAAGAACGAGAAACCUCAACGAUCAAAGAACAAAGAAACGAAGUCGACGGAUUCUGAAAAGAAGAGAGUUUCAGAAAAAAAGUCGUCCUCAAGCAAGAAGACAUCGGGAUCACAUACAGAUAGGAAGUCCUCGCCGAAGAAAGCAUCCGUUGACGAGAAGAUCCCCAGAAAGGACCAAGGCCCAGUCAUUGUCGACGGGACAUGCCACCGCCACGACAAGCACUGA